AUGCUGACGUCGCUGCCCCUGUUGGCGCCGACGCCGCGGCUCCUGCUGGCGCUGACGCCGCUGCCCCCGCUGGCGCUGACGCCGCUGCCCCCGCUGCCCCCGCUGGCGCUGACGCCGCUGCCCCCGCUGGCGCUGACGCCGCUGCCCCCGCUGGCGCUGACGCCGCUGCCCCCGCUGGCGCUGACGCCGCUGCCCCCGCUGGCAUUGACGCCGCUGCCCCCGCUGGCGCUGAUUCCGCUGCUCCUGCUGACGUCGCUGCCCCCGCUGGUGCUGUUGCCCCCGCUGGCGCUGAAGCCGCUGCCCCCGCUGGCGCUGACGCCGCUGCCCCCGCUGGCGCUGACGCCGCUUCCCCGGCUGGCGCUGACGCCGCCGCUCCCGCUGACGCCGCCGCUCCCGCUGACGCCGCCGCUCCCGCUGACGCCGCCGCUCCCGCUGACGCCGCCGCUCCCGCUGACGCCGCCGCUCCCGCUGACGUUGCUGCUCCCGCUGACGCCGCUGCUCCCGCUGACGUUGCUGCUCCCGCUGACGCCGCUGCUCCCGCUGACGCCGCUGCUCCCGCUGACGCCGUUGCUCCCGCUGACGCCGCUGCUCCCGCUGACGCCGCUGCUCCCGCUGACGCCGCUGCCCCGGCUGGCGCUGACGCUGCUGCUCCCGCUGACGUUGCUGCUCCCGCUGACGCCGCUGCUCCCGCUGACGCCGCUGCUCCCGCUGACGCCGCUGCUCCCGCUGGGGCUACUGCUGCCGCUGACACCGCUGCCCCUGCUAGCGCUGAUGCGGCUGCUCCCGCUGACGCCGCUGCUCCCGCUGAUGCCGCAUCUCCCGCUGACGCCGCUGCUCCCGCUGAUGCCGCAGCACCCGCUGACGCCGCUGCUCCCGCUGAUGCCGCAGCACCCGCUGACGCCGCUGCUCCUGCUGAUGCCGCAGCACCCGCUGAUGCUGCUGCUCCCGCUGAUGCUGCAGCACCCGCUGACGCCGCUGCUCCCGCUGACGCCGCUGCUCCCGCUGACGCCGCUGCUCCUGCUGACGCUGCUGCACCUGCUGAUGCCGCAGCUCCUGUUGAAGCUGCUGCUCCUGCUGACGCCGCUGCUCCCGCUGACGCCGCCGCUCCCGCUGACGCCGCUGCUCCCGCUGACGCCGCUGCUCCCGCUGACGCCGCUGCUCCCGCUGACGCCGCUGCUCCCGCUGACGCCGCUGCUCCCGCUGACGCCGCUGCUCCCGCUGACGCCGCUGCUCCCGCUGACGCCGCUGCUCCCGCUGAAGCCGCUGCUCCCGCUGACGCCGCUGCUCCCGCUGACGCCGCUGCUCCCGCUGACGCCGCUGCUCCCGCUGACGCCGCUGCUCCCGCUGACGCCGCUGCUCCCGCUGACGCCGCUGCUCCCGCUGACGCUGCAGCUCCUGUUGACGCCACUGCUCCCGCUGACGCCGCUGCUCCCGCUGACGCCGCUGCUCCCGCUGACGGUGCUGCUCCCGCUGACGCCGCUGCUCCCGCUGACGCCGCUGCUCCCGCUGACGCCGCUGCUCCCGCUGAAGCCGCUGCUCCCGCUGAAGCCGCUGCUCCCGCUGACGCCGCUGCUCCCGCUGACGCCGCUGCUCCCGCUGACGCCGCUGCUCCCGCUGACGCCGCUGCUCCCGCUGACGCCGCUGCUCCCGCUGACGCUGCAGCUCCCGCUGACGCCGCUGCUCCCGCUGACGCCGCUGCUCCCGCUGACGCCGCUGCUCCCGCUGACGCCGCUGCUCCCGCUGACGCCGCUGCUCCCGCUGACGCCGCUGCUCCCGCUGAAGCCGCUGCUCCCGCUGAAGCCGCUGCUCCCGCUGACGCCGCUGCUCCCGCUGACGCCGCUGCUCCCGCUGACGCCGCUGCUCCCGCUGACGCCGCUGCUCCCGCUGACGCCGCUGCUCCCGCUGACGCCGCUGCUCCCGCUGACGCCGCUGCUCCCGCUGACGCCGCUGCUCCCGCUGACGCCGCUGCCCCGGCUGGCGCUGACGCUGCUGCUCCCGCUGACGGUGCUGCUCCCGCUGACGCCGCUGCUCCCGCUGACGCCGCUGCUCCCGCUGACGCCGCUGCUCCCGCUGAAGCCGCUGCUCCCGCUGAAGCCGCUGCUCCCGCUGACGCCGCUGCUCCCGCUGACGCCGCUGCUCCCGCUGACGCCGCUGCUCCCGCUGACGCCGCUGCUCCCGCUGACGCUGCAGCUCCUGUUGACGCCACUGCUCCCGCUGACGCUGCUGCUCCUGUUGACGCUGCGACUUCCGAUGCAGCUGCUUCUAUACCCGCUGCCACUACCGAAAAUAUUGUUGCUGGCGCUGAUACCACUUUGGCACCUGAAGCUGCCGCUACAAAUGACGCUGCCACCGAAGCUUCACCAUCUGAAGGGUCCGGAGCUGAACCUGCUCCUAGCGCAGGUGUUGAAAAUGCUGGCAGUGUAA